AUGGCUCCUGCGCCAGUCGUGGCGCCAAUUGCACCCAAGGAACAUGAGGACGGUUCGAGGAUAGAACCACCAGAGGAUGUCACCGAGGAGCCGGCUCCAAUAACAGAGCAAGAAGUGGGAGAAUACAGAGAGCAGGAUCGAUAUCUGCCUAUCGCCAAUGUCUCUCGGAUAAUGAAGUCAUCUGUACCUCCAACUGCAAAAAUUGCAAAAGACGCGAAAGAAUGCGUGCAAGAAUGCGUCUCGGAAUUCAUUUCGUUCAUAACAUCUGAAGCCGCGGAGAAAUGCCAGCUCGAAAAACGCAAGACAAUAGGUGGUGAAGAUAUACUAUACGCCAUGGGAUCAUUAGGCUUUGAUAACUACGCGGAAUGCCUGAAAGUUCAUCUAGCCAAGUUACGCGCUGUGAGUUCUCAUGUUAGUCUGGCAUUGAUUAUCUUCAACAGCACCAUUUUCCUUAGCAUCAACAUGGAAAUGUUGCAGUAG